AUGGCCGAUACAAAAUCCUCCGAGGGUACUCUCAAUAUACCCUCCGAUGCGGAGAUCCAACCAGCACAAACCGACAAGGUCCUGUCAGACCCAGAAAUCCACCCAACCUCCGACAUGGCCUCAUCGCAAAAUGUCCCAGGAGAGGGUAAACCCGUCUUCUUCCGCAGCACACUCUUCCAAAUCCUUAUUGUCGGCCUCUGCGCCUUUUGUGCCCCUGGGAUAUGGUCCGCCAUGAACGGACUGGGCGUUGGCGGUUCGCAGUCGCCGAAUCUCGUCAAUGCCGCCAACGCCCUCCUCUACGCGUUCAUGACUGUAACCUGCUUCAUGGGGCCCUGGCUCACGAACAUCAUCGGGUUCCGAUAUACCCUUUCUCUCGGAUCGAUCGGGUAUCCACUGUAUGCAGCUGGGUUGUACUUGAAUAAUCGGACUGGGGCAACCUGGUUGGUCUAUCUAGGCAGUGUAACCUGCGGUAUCUCUGCGGGUUUCUUCUGGAGCGUCGAGGGUGCAAUUGCCACAGGCUACCCUGAAGACCGCAAGCGAGGCCGCUACAUCGCGACGUGGUUCACAUUCCGCAAUUUCGGGAAUAUCAUCGGCGGUGCAAUCUCCCUCGGGAUCAACGUCAACCUCAACAAGCGCGGGCAAGUCGGAUACCAAACAUACCAGGGGUUCAUUGCAAUCCAGUGUCUCGGUCUGUUGUUUGGCCUCCUCCUCAGCAACCCCGACAAAGUGCAGCGGGAUGACGGCACUCGCAUUGCUGCGAGCGACGCACCCAAAAUCCACUGGCGCACCGAACUCUCCGCCAUGUGGGCCCGUUUCAAGAGCAAGGAGAUCCUCCUCCUCAUCCCGCUCUUCUGGUACUUUGGCUGGAUCCAGGCGUACCCUGGUACAUACCUGGCCACAUACUUUACCGUGCGCUCGCGCGCCCUAGGCAGCUUCAUGUCCGCCGUCGUGGGAACCCUCGCAACGUGGCUCUGCGGCUCCCUCGUCGACAUCCCCUGGACACGUAACCGCAAAACCCGCGCAAUAACAGCCUACACCCUCAUCGCCCUCCUCAACAGCGCAACCUGGAUCUGGGCCGUGAUCAUCCAGAACGAAUACAGACACACCAACCCCGUCCUCGACUGGGCCGACCAAGCCACCUUCGGCCGCGGAUUUGGACUAUACCUCUUCGAACGCAUUUCCCUGGGGAUGGUCGAGAACUACAUCUACUGGUGUAUCAGCAACCUGGCCGAUGGCCCCGGUGAACAGAUUCGGUAUUCGUCGUUGCUGCGCGGGAUUGAGACUGCGGGGGUGGCGGUCGGCUUUGGGGUGCAGGCUGUCCCGACGGUGUUGAUUGCGACGGCGAGUAUAAAUUUCGGAUUGUGGUUUUUCGCGCUGCCCUUUAGUUUUUGGGCCACCUUGAAGGUUGUUAGGAAGUUUGGGGUGGAGCAGGGGAAGGGCGAUGCUGUGGGGAGUGCUUGA